AUGUCGUGUUGUCUGACGGAGGAGGCCAGGGAGCAGCAGAGACUCAGUCGGGAAAUUGAACGACAACUGCAAAAGGAUAAGAGUGCUGGAAAAAAGGAAGUCAAACUGCUUUUGUUGGGUACUGGCGAAGCUGGCAAGAGCACCUUUGUCAAACAGAUGCGUAUCAUUCACGGUGCCGGUUACACGGAAGAUGACAAACGUGCAUUUAUCGGCCUGAUUCAUCAGAACAUAUUUCUGGCCAUGCAAACCAUGUUAGAUGCAAUGGAACAGUUACAGAUCGCCUACGAAGAUCCGGACUAUGCUGUAAGUGGAUUUUAA